ACAGAUGUCUCGGGUAGAUGAAAACAGUCAUCCGGAAACGCUUGACAUUAAACAUAAACCUGUUCUAUUGUUUUGACGUCAAGCAAUAAGCUCUGACUGGUCGUCAUCACUUUUAAAAUUAUUUCAUUGCCAUGGCCGAACGUCGAAAAAAUAAAAAGAAAAAAGAGGUGGAUGUUAAGUUGGAUGAUAAACCUUCCAAAGAAGAAUAUGCUGUUGCAAAGUACUUAAAACAGACUCUUCCAGAAAAGAAAACUACAUUAUUAGGUCACAAAGUUGAAUAUUUUAUAGGUUCUAAAGCUGUUGACUGUUUAGCUGACUCACAAUGGGCUAAAGAAAACAAAAAAGGAGAAUUAAAUUUUUCAAAUAGAGAUAUUGCUGUUGAUUUCAUGGCCAGACUUCUGGAGCAUAAGUUUUUUCAUAGAGCAAAGAAAAUAGUUGUACAAAAAGAACCAAAGAAAAAGAAAAAAGAAGUUGAAGAAGCUGCUCAGGACUCCGGUGUUGAAAAAGAAAAGGAAUCUAAAAAGUCAUCCAAGAAAGCAAAAUCUGAUAAUGUUGAAAAAGUAGAGGAGAAAGAUACUCCUAAAGAAAAAGAUAUUGUUGAGAAGAAAAAGGAAAAGAAGAAAAUAAAGUUAGAUAUGCACUUAGAACAGUUUUUCAUCGAUAGCAAUGAGCCCUACGUUUGGAUUUAUGAUCCAAUACCACUAAGAACAUGGAUCACUGGUACGCUGAUGGUUGUGGCAGCUGUACUUCUAUGCCUCUUUCCAUUAUGGCCUCAAACGAUAAGACAUUAUAUUUAUUAUCUAAGUGUUGCCGCUGCUUGUUUCCUUGUUUUCAUUAUUGGUUUAGCUGUUUUGCGCCUGGUUGUAUUUGUCUUGGUGUGGAUAGUUACUUUUGGAAAGCACCACUUGUGGCUCUUGCCGAAUCUCACCGAAGAUGUAGGGUUUUUCGAAUCCUUCUGGCCUCUCUAUCACUAUGAGUAUAAAGGUUCUAAAGAAAAAAAAGUUGACACCAAAGAAAAAUCUUCCAAAGGAGUGGAGAAGAAAGUUGAAGAAGAAGACAAUAACAAAGAAGAGUCUCAGGGGGAGGAGGAAGAAGAAGAAAAGAAUAACGAGCAUAGUCAGUCAGAAUCGGAGAAGAGUGAGGGUGAGGCCCAGAAAACGGACAAUGGCUUUGAAUUUUUAGAAGCUGAAGAAGGGAGUGCCACAGACGAGCAGGACGAAGAUCGCAAGACGAAGUGACCUGGUGACGGACGUUCGAUUCAUGGCAUUUACUCUUGUAUUACAUUUAGAGGAUAUUGCUGCAAUGUGUCAGAUGACUUUUCACUAUUUUUAUAUGCAUAUAUUUAAAUGUUUUAAAUUAUAAAAAAAAAUGUGUUUAAAAAUUUUUAGGUUAAAUGUUUUGAUCUGGGAAUACAGAAUAUUGUGUUUUACUUUUAUGUUUCUUUGUGUUUCAAUAGAACAAAACAUUCCAACCAGUGUUGUGUCAACCAAAAGUAUUUUUGAAUUAUAAUUAAACACAUAUUAUGAAUCUC